AACUCAGAAAUAGGGGAAAUUUAGGUUGACGUCUUGGCAUGCUUUGUUUGUGUCACAGUUUUGUUGCUACAUGUGAUUAAUGACAUUGGGUCGUGACUAUCAGGAGAUUCCAAUUUAAGUAAACUCAACUAGUUCUGAACAAUAAAUUACAACACAUCCUCUUUGAUUUUUGUCUGUGUUUCCUCAUAUUUUAACUCCAAACUUAUGAACAUGCCAAGGUCAAUGGUUUGGAGUGCCUAAGGAGCAGGUGAAUGCAGCGUUAAUCUAGGUCUCCACUUGCAGGAGGAAUAGACCUUCAAGUUAAUCCAAUGUCACUUCUACCAGCUAUACAAAUGAGUGCCUUCAUUGAGAAAUCAAAUGGACAGGAUCAAUCGUAUAUCUGACCCCUUUGAGCGGAUUUCUCCCAAGUGUCAUGUUGCCCUGUGACUAGAGAAGAGCUACAGAUCCACAGCUGACAAUGAUUUUGAGCUCUGUGUGAGAUAUCAUGUUGCUGAGUCCCAACAUGUGGACAAGCUCAGCAAGCGCCCCUCUGUGACCUGUCCUUGUGCCUACUGUGUGUGUGUGUGUGUGUGUGUGUGUGUGUGUGUGUGUUUGUGUGUGUGUGUGUGUGUGUGUGUGUGUGUGUGUGUGUGUGUGUGUGUGUGUGUGUGUGUGUGUCUGUGUGUCUGUGUGUGUGUGUGUCUGUGUGUCUGUGUGUGUGAGGGGCUGUGGUGAAUAAAGCUGAGGCUGGGAUUAUAGGAUGGGCCAUACUUAACCAGGCCCAAUUAGACUGUGACCAUAGUAACCAUUGGAUUACCCAGAUUAGGAUUGAUGUCCUGAGCAAGUCAUCACUGCUCUAUCCCACGGUCACUUCCUUUUCGUCAAUCAGAGGACACUAACUCAAAAAACAGCAACAAGACAAAAACAUGUCAGAUUCAACUUUAGCUAAAACUGGGAGGUUUUCCAAAACUUGUAGAAGUCAGUGAAACAUUACUAAUGUUCUGCUUUAUUAAUACCCAAUGAAGACUGGGAUAUAAAAAAAAAAUGCCUGAGUAGUUUGAAGGGGUUCAGUUUUUUUUUCCCACAAGAUUCUGAUGUUCUUGAGCAGUUUUUUUUUUUUUUUUCUUUAAAUCUGCCUAUGAAACAGACUAAGAUGAAUAUUUGAGCCUCUAUGUGACCUACAAAAGCAAAAAGGUCCAUCAGUGGUGGUAAAACAGUGCCAUGUUGAUGAUAAUGCAUAUAUGUUGUCAUUUACAGCUUGUAACCAUUGCAGCUUUACACUGUAGUUGUCAAACAAAGGGAGGAACACUGCUCCUGUGUUGAAAUUUUCCACAGCAGUUAUGGACACAAAAGGGAAAAUGUAUAGUGAGUGGGUAGAGGGCAUAUCAGAAACAAAAACCAGUGAAAAGGACCUUGAAAGCAACUUUUGGUCUUCAGAACAGGGCUGUUGCAAUAUACUAGAAUUGAGGUUAACCCUUUGUUCAUGAUAUGCUAAAAACAAGUAUACAGUAAUAAGGUGAGCCUAUAGUGGUGGUAAGCUGGUUGCCAAACAUCAUUAAACAGAGGAGAGACAAAGGAGAAGCAGCUGUAACCUUGAUGUUGCAGAAUCAACGGGCAGGGGAACUCCCAUCCGGGAAUUCAGUAUAUGAGUGGGCUGUUGACCCUGAGAAUGAAUCACUCUUGCUGUGGGGUCAAAAUUAACCGUAUGACACAUCUUGAAUACUCAAGGCAAAUAAUAACGCUUUUGAAACUACAGGACAAGAUAAACAAAAAGAAAAGAGCCACCUUCUUCUUCACAGAGUUUAAAAUAACUUCUGCAAAAUGCCACACAGGAUUUUUUUUUUUUUUACUUAGAUAAUUGAUCAAUUAUAAUUAAUAAACACACUUUGCUGAUUUUCUGAAAAUUAAAAUAAAUAAUGUGGAGCUGUGACUGGCUGCUAGUUGGACAUGGCUCAAAAAUCUGGCAUAAAAUCUGUCAUAAAAUCCUGCGUUUAAUACAACAUGGUAGCAUUCAAGUAGAGGAAAAAAAAUAUAGCUUGUUAUUUUGUGAAUUUUUGAGAUGCUCCUGGUGUUUUUUUUUUUUUUAAAUUGGACUGGCUGACUGAUUUCUUGUAUGAAGAGUAUUUAAUCAUUGACCAAAACACGCGAGUAAUCAUCAUUUUAGCUCCUGUCACAUGCCAGAAGACAUUCUAGUAUGUGACUUGAAAAUGGAUGAUGGCUGAUUAGUGUCUGGCUACUUUGGCUGUCUGUUCAAAAAGUGGUAAAUAAAACAUUGAUAGUAAACUUUCACACUGAAAACAUUCUCUUGCACUACCUGGAUUUAGCAGGGAAAGUUCAUGAUGGGCCACCUUAAAAACUAACCAAAUCAAAGCAAUGACACCUGCUGCUCACUGGCAGGUGCAGACUUGGGAUCUGAAUUACACUAUUCAGGGGGCAGGUGUGUAUUACUUUUUAUAUCUGUGUCUGUGGGUCUAUUUGUGUAUCUAAAAGUAGCUUUUGCUUCCUCAUGUUCAUGUAAUUGAGUUGUCUACUGUCUGUCAGUAUCAACCUCUUAGACUCAGUCAAUUAUCUUGAACAGUGGUCACUCCUUGUCUUGGUUUUCCUCAUGCUCUGUCACCCUCUAACCCGACAUGCAGCCAUCACCUGGGGAGGCGAUUACUCCACUCUAAUGGGAGACUUGGCUGAAUCAUGUCUUCAUGGGGAUUAUGUAACUCUCUACUCACAGCCACGUGGCGACAGAGCUCACCUGUGUUUAGAUUGACCAUCUGCCCCUCCUCAUCCAAAGCCCAUCAACUCUCUGCAACAAACACUGUCCGCUGAGUUCUUACUAUGGAGACCUGCAGUUAUUUUGUCUGAUCUACUGAACAAAGAUGAAGCUACAUCUCCCACAGCUCUGACUGUGAGGAAGACGUGGGAGCCAGUGGGCAGGAAAUAACACUGAGAUGUGCAAAGGAGUGACUAAUGCUGGAUAUGUAGUGAAUUAUCCUGCUUAUGUGCUUUACUUACUUCCUAUUUCCCUCUUCUUUAGACAGGUGCAUCAGCAAAUCAAGCUCCCAGUGUGUGGGCUGCAUCUCUGUUGACACCUCCGCAGAUUCAGCGUGAAGCAGGGAGAGAGAAGCACAGACAGCAGACAGUGAAUAGAAAGGAGCGGACAGAGGGAGACAGUGAGAGAGGGGAGUGAAAGAGUGGCAGAAGAUAUAUUUGACGAUGUGGGUGUGUGAAGUAUCGAGGCAUGCAUCAUAAUUGUGGAUUUUCAUGGAGCAGCCGGUCGUGUCACUGCAGCAGCAGCAGCCGCAGGACAUUAAUGGUCUCACUAAGUAUGUUUUUUCUUUUACUUUGAAACAGUCGAGGGUUUGAGCGCUGAAAGCGUCAGACAUUUUCUGAGACAAAAUGGAAACUGAUUGUUUCAGCUGCCUCCAGGAUUUGAUCAUUUUUUUAAAUAGUCAAAGAGAUGCAGAGUGAAAGAUGUUGAUGCUUUCUAACCGUCAAUAAUCAGGAUACUCAGCCAAAAAUUUAUGUGAGGUAAGUUGGACUUGGUUGCACUAAGAGUUCAAUUGUUGUUGUUGUGAUGUACUGCUUUAAAUGUGUGUAUAAUUGCUUGUGUGUUUUUGUUGUCUAUCACACUUCCACACUUGUUGCCAUAACCCAGGUUUCAGCCCUGAAGAGUGAUGGCUUGAGGUUUAAAGCUUGUUAAUGAAGUGUAGAUGAAGUCCAGGCUGAUGUUAUGACUGCAGGAAUGAUUCAUGUGCAGUAGAUGACGGUCCUCACAAAUAACUAACACCACAGAGAGAGAGGGAGGGAGAGAGGGAGAGGGAGAGAGAGGGAGGGAGAGAGAGGGAGAGAGAGUAUCUCUGUGUAUUGGGAACUGUAACUCGACUUCUCAAAAGCCCAGUAUGCCAUGCAGUCAGCCCACGCUGUUUCCCGUUUCCAUGGAAACCAUUGCCCAGUGCUAAAAGCAGUUCUCCUCUGUGCUGUGAGUGUGCCUUUGUGUUUCAGUGUGUCUGAAAGAGAAACAUGUUAUUUGCUAAUCUACCAGGCUUAUGGGUUUUUCAGAGGCAGUACAUUUUGUGUCUGUUUCCUGACGCACAAAGAAGCUGUGUAAACUAAUGUUGAGUAAUGAAUCACGACUUCACCUUCCCCCUACCCAGCAUCCUCCUCCACAAUGUCACUCCACUUGUUUAUCUCUCUGUACCUUUCUCCCUCGCUUCCUCUCCUUUAACCCUCUCAGUGCCUCUCCUAAUCGCUACAUAUUUUCUGUCUCUCUUUUUCUAAGAUGGCCGUCAGCUCUGUCAUCAUCUGCCUCCUGUCACUGAUUGGCUACAGCUGGUCCCACCCCUCUCCUCCUCCACCUCGGGGGUGCAGUGUGAAUGUGGACCCGCCGUACAGAGUGUUGUGUGACCUGGAGUCAGUCUGGGGUGUGGUUCUAGAGGCUGUGGCCUGCUGUGGUGGCCUGAGCUCCCUGGUCCUCGUUGGGCUCCUACUGGUCAGAUUGGGCUCCAUUCCUGAACCUGCCCGGCGCUCCGGCUUUGGGCCUCUCCUGCUGCUCCUGGGUACGCUCCUUGGCCUUUUCUCCAUCUCUCUGGCAUUCCUAGUAGGGAAGAACCAGGCUCUCUGUGUAGUCCGCAGGGCCUUUUGGGGUCCCCUUUUUGCCCUCUGCUUCUCCAGCUUGCUGGUGCAGGGUGUGAGGCUCAGGAAGUUGGUAGCUGGACAGAUCAGCCCCUCUGGGAGCUCGCUGGCAGCUCUUGGUCUGGCCUUGGCCCUCGUUCAAGGGAUCAUUUCUGCUGAAUGGGUCCUGCUAACUGUAGUUAGAGAGGGUCACCCAGCCUGUGAAUACCCACCUUUGGACUUUGCUCUGACAUGCAGUUACACCCUGGGGCUGCUCCUCAUAGCCAUGGGGCUGUCUCUGGGGGUGGUGUUGUGUGGAGGGGAACUGGGGGCAGAGGGAACCGGCAGGAAUGAAGAAGAUGGCGAAGGAGAAAUCGAGAAACAGAGUUGGAGGUGUAAUGCUGUGUGGCUUUUUCUGUCCAGCUUGGCAUCUGCUUUGCUCUGGGUGGCCUGGCUGGGGUUUUAUCUUUAUGGCAGCCAGACGCUGAGAGGGAAAGGGAAGGGGGAAAGGUUGGGAGGAGGAAAGACGGAUGAAAAGGUAAUGGAUGAGCCUGCACUGGCCGUGGCCUUAGUCAUUCAGGGCUGGAUCCUGCUGUUGUUCCACGCGAUUCCAGAGACAUACCUUUGUCUGCGGAAACCUCCAAAGUCCAACACACAAAACUUCUUUGACACCACACACACCGCUCCUCCGACACCUUUUGGAGAUGAGCACCCUGCACAUUCACACCGGCCUUUUCAAGAAAACCAGGCGUUUUCUAUCGAGGAGCACGGCACAAGUAAGAUUAUGUUAUGUGUGUUUCUGUAUAUGUGUGUUUCCUAGAUUCAUUUUACACAAAAAGGCAGUCUAAAUCAGAUUUUCCUUGUUUGACAACCUUGGUUUAAAGACCCACUUCAAUGAAAAUCAUGUGUUUCUUGUUGUCUACAUGUUCCUAUGGAAUUUUUCUGAUGCUACAGGACAUAUCAUGAGAAACCAAGUGCAUUUCUGAGUGUUUCUGCAUUCAAAUCACUGUGAAGCUGUGGCAAACCCAAACGGCAGGCUCAGAAACAAUGGGAUUUCGUAUGUCACAAUUUCAAGCUCCGCCCCCAGAGCCCUGCUCUGCAGGCCAGACUUUGAGAAGUAGAGAAGACGAUCGCGGGACAACAUGUGCGUUAGUGGAUUGCAAUGCUCGUAAGACAGCUAAUUAUGAUAUUAACUUUCAUCAUGUCCCCAAAGACAUAAGUGUCUGAGAGCUGAAUAGCUCCUAUGUUACCUGCCACUUCUACUACACCGGCAAUGUUAGGCUGCAAACUAGCAUGAAGAGGAGUGUGCAGAGCAGUGCUAUCCCCGCCCACGACUUAGAGAUGAAUUGCUAAUGAGCUACUGGAGCUCUGCAGUAAAAAAGCCCUUGAAAAUGACACAGGUAACACGAUUUUGGCUGAAAACUUCAUAACCACAGUUUAAUGACCACUGCUAACACUUUAAAUGGUAAAAAAAAAAAUUGGUCAGAGUGGGACUUUAAUGCCAGUGUGAAAGCUUAUCUGAGAAACUUUCUCUUAAUGUGGAUUUGGCAACCCUUGUGGACACACUGCUACCCUUUUAUAGUUACUGAUUUUGCCUCAUCCCCCUGAUAGUGGUGUUAGUCAACAUAAAAAAACUCCUCAUGUUGUCCUCUUACUGUAAAAUCUAUGUGCCCCUGUGAGUAUUUUCUGUGGGAAAAGCACUGAAGGCGGCUUCUUUAGUGUGCCUACCUCAUUUCCAGCAGAAACAGACAUUAAAAAUACAAUUUAGAAUUUGUCUGUCUUGUCAUCAAAGGUCUCAAAUUCUUUUGCUCAUCUUAGACAUUCAUUACUGUUUAUUUAUUUCAGUCUGUUUCAUGACCUAUAGAAAUAUCUUCUUUAUAGAGCUUUAAGUAUAACCCAUGAGGCAAUAUUUUGAAUUCGGAUGAGUACAGAGAUGAGUGGCAGAAAACUGUUGAUGAAGCAAACACCUUUACUAGGGAUUUUUGGGCAAAACUUACGUGUCACCUCCAAAAUUCCCCCCAAAAUUAGUGAAUGACCAUGUUUUCUAAAUUCAUCUCAGACUGAGAAAUGAAAAAAAGACAGAAAACAAAAGCAACUAAUCUUAGUGAAGGCUGACAUAUCUCUGAAUCUGAAAAGUGUUUGAAUAUGGUACAAUUGCAACAAAUGUUUCAUGGCCUGGUUCAGGAAACUGAGAGGUUCCUAUCAUAAAAACACGUCAAGAACACAGAAAUAGACUGUAAGCAAAUAUUAGCAGCAGCUUAACUCACAGGGUCACAGAUUUUCAGUAUGACAGUGUUUUGUUGAGUUUCACCAGCUCUAAUAAUUCAAGCUUUAAAUCUUUUUUUUUUUUUUUUUUUUUAAUGCAGCUUUUAAAUGUGAUGUGAAAUGAUGACUGCGGGCAUUUUUUUCCAGCUUUGACACUAUCCACAGAGUGCUCUUUUUAUCUGCUGUGAAACAAUGGUUCUCUGUGUCAGUGAAUGUUGGCUGCUUAUGAAGGAACACUCGGUUUUUUUGGUGGUUGAUUUUUGGAUAGAUGCACUGACCAGCUGGAAACUCAAAACCACAUUUUAGGCAGCAUUAAGGUCCUGUUUGCGCAGCAGGUCAUUCCUCCGUUGAACUUUCAGGAAGACUGACAUGUCAUCAUACUAAUCACAAGUGCAUUAUAGGUUUGUUAUGAGCACACUCUGCCUCACUUUUAGCUACUGUGCACAAUCCAAAAUCCAAUGACACUUUAUGAGGGCCUGGUUAUCCAUCAGGCUUACAGGGAUAUGAAUGAGUCAUUUUCCUGCCACUGCACUUCAUAAUUAUCUGAAGCCAAGUGCACAGAUGAAGGGAUACAGCAUGAUUAACAAAGACAAACAACGAAUGGAGGCAGCAGCAGAAAUAGUCAUGAACAACAUCACGUUGAAGUGAAGACUUAUGAUAUUGGUCCUGAGUUUGUGGAGAAAGGCUGAGCUGUUGACUGUGCAACAUAAUUUCAACUUUCAAAAUUCAUACACCGAGGAAAGCAACACACAGUAUCAUACUGUAUUAGACAUGUUUGUUGUUCCCUGUUUGUCCUUCUUCACUUGCUGACAACAUACCUAAUGAAGAUGUUGACUUUCAAAGCAGCAGACUUCUACUAUAUUUUAGGGGAAGGGGAAGAUAAGUGCAUCAGUUGUAUUUUUGCCGUAAUUCAGAAGCUGCUGCUUUUACAAAGGGUCAGGGUGAACUCACAGUCACAACUGGAUUGACAAAUCUUAAUCUGCAGGCAGCUGGGGGGUUAGCUGGGGCUUCUGGCAAAAAGCUGUGAAUGCAAAGCAUAUGUCAGUAUGUUUCUGUAGAUCAUUAUCAGGCAGCCUUAAGUGCCAAGUCCCAAAAUACAAUACCUCAUAGUUUGGAGGUGCGAAAUUUACUAUCAUGCUACACCACCUCUUUUAAUACUAGAUAAGCAAAAUGACUGAUUUAAAUGCACUGAAAUUCUCAGCAUUCAGUAGACACUAUAUAUUUAAGACAGUGUGCAAAUUGUUUUUGCUGUUCUCAACAACAGAUGAGACUUCCCACUGUUUGAAAUGCAUCCCACAGAUUUUUCUCUUGAUUUUUUAUCUUCUGCUGAAAAUCUGCAGUUGAAAAUAUCAAUUGUUACCUAGAAUUAAAUAAUGCUGUGCCUUGAGUGUAAAUGUGCACAUCUGUUGUUUUGGCUGUUUAAAAGAAUCAUUUCAGUGGAUCCACCAGCAUAACUACGACUGUGACCCCUGUGUGUGUUUUCUGCAUGUUUAGGGGUAGCUCAAACCCACCAUGUAAUUUGCAGCACACCCACCUGCUGGUGAACCAGAAUCUAAAAGUAAAAUGAAAGAAGACGCAGUCAUUGAUUUUAUUCAUGGUACACGCCUUUGAAUAACCAACUAACCGAAUCUAACCUCUUUGCUUUCUGCACAAUAUGAAGCAACCAAACCAGUGUAGUCACACACACCACAAGUUACUUUGACACAUGCUCUUUAUAUCAUCAAAAUAGAGCAGAAAGUGCUCAAUUUACACCGAAGCUCAGAAAUAUUUAGUUUUUUGUUUAAAAAAAGAUUAGAUUAAUCAUGGAUCACUAACAGGCAAGCAGAAGGGGCAUAAUACUGUAUGAAUUCUCCAGCAACAUCAGCUUACCUAUGUGAACUUCCAGGCUCCUAAAUAUAUGAGCAGGGCAAUAUGUCAGCACUCACUGCCACCGUACUUUGGUUUUAAUUUUUUGUAUAUAGGGGUUGUAAGAUGCGUGGUCCAUUUUCAUACACUGUCAUCCGAACGGACUGGUCAACAUACAACAACAAAAAAAUUAAAAACAACUUUACCAUUGUUAACAGGUUUAAAUGACAUGUGUGACUUCAGCUUUUGCUUGACUUUACUUUGUCCUUUAGCUCUCCGAUCUGGAACAUACAACAGCAACCAGGGCAGUGUGCGUCCUGGCAUCGCCUUCAGGGGUCAUGUUUACCAACCCACUGAGAUGGCUCUGGUCAUGAAUGGAGGAACUGUAAGUACUGAGGAAACACACAUUUCACAAACUUACCAACAAGAGGAUUGUUCAACCCUUAAAUUCUUUCUGUCGCAGAUGCCCACAGCUCCAAUUAACUACACCGGGAGACGGUUGUGGUGAUAUGGGAUGAGACUAGUGGAGGAAACGCUACUAAGUCAUGGCAGAGUUUCCUGUUGCCUCAAGAAAAAGGAGAUAUUGAAGUCAUCAUAUCCCAUAACAGAUGGAUCUGACAGUGGCUAAAUGUGUCAGAUAUACAUAUUUGUGUUUCUGCACACAUGUACAUGCACAUAUGUAUGGAUAUUAUGUUUUCGGACAUACUCGGAUAGUAUUCACGCUGAAGCUUUGAUUACUACAUGAUAGAAUGUACAAGCAAGUCUCAGACAGUGAGAAAAAGUGUCAUGAAGGGAGAGCUUUUACAGUGCUUUAAGAUCAAAUCUGAUCAGUAUAUAAAGUCUAAACUCACAUGUAAAAAAACUGAGGAGAGGUAAUAAAGGGGGUAAAUUUUAUGUAUAUGGUUGAUAUCAAAUAGUAGUGGUGACUGUGAUGCUGAAUUAUCUGCUUUUAAACCUAGAAAACAUAAGGCUAAAAGGACAAUUUGAAUGUAGUCAGUUUAACAUGUUACUUGGGCAGCUCUAAACCAAGCUGUUCCUGUCAAACAUGACAUCAUUACUUUGUCUCUCUGCUUGGCGUUACUCGAAAAAGCAAAGAUACUUUUAUUAUGUUUAUGUAAAUUACCUUUACAUGCCCACACAGCUUGCUUGGCCACUGUUUUACAUGCUGGAACAAUCCAAAGACUCGCAGUGCUUAUCUCUGCUGAUCUGGAGUCCUUUACCAACCGCUGAGCAAGUUUCCAUGUCAUGCAUUAAACAAAGCCAGGGCAAUUUCAUGAUUUAAAAGGCUUAAAGUUGAGUCCACAGCUCAAGGAUAGUUUGUUUCUAAAACAAGCACAUUAUAAAAAGCCAUGUAACACUGCAAUGUGUAUAAAGCAGUAAGGUUUAUUUUUGAAGGUUGUAAUUUUGCACUUUAUUACCGCUGAUAAUAUCUGGGCAUUGUGAUAUUUGAAUUGUGUUUGAGAUCAUUUGAAAUGCAUGUAAAAGCACAGUAUAAAGGUAAUGUAUUUUGUCAGGAUACAUGUACUUUGAGUGUUUUCUAAUAUUUUUAAAUAUACAUGUAUAUUUAAAAGAAAUAGCAGUUUUAGUGUUGAGCUUCAGGUUCAUUUUAAUUGUGAACAGCAGCUGACAAAUAUGACACAAGUGCCCAGGUAGUGGAGACAAAGAUUUUUAUGACUGAUUUGGCCAGAGGAAAACUAUGUGAUAUGACUGAAAGCUUAAACUUUAUAGACUUUGGUGUUGAUACUGUUUUCCUUCAAGUAUUCACACUCUGGAUUAUUCUUGAUCAUUAUUUUAAUAAUCCAGAUAAAUACAGCAUCUCAUUGUAUUCCAACAUGCAGUAAACAUUUUCAUGGACAUACAGAGGGAGCAGUUAGCAGUUACUGCUCACAUAAAUGAUAACCCAAAAACUGCCAGCAGUACAACUGAAAUCUGAGACAAUCAAGUGAUCUACAUGAAUCCUCUGAGUUCUAGAAUUUUUUUUCUUUUCUUUUUUUUUUUUACCCCAACUAUCCAAAUAAAACUCAAAGAAUAGUCCCUAUGUUGUUAAAAGCUACAUACGUUGUUACAACCAUGCUUUUGUGUGGGUGUGUGCUCUGAUAUUGUAUGAUGAAAAUAUUAUCAUCACUUUUUCUCAUGUAUUAACCCUAUAUAAAUGAAUUUUAAUCAUGUAAAUUACCCAAAUGUGGGGAAAGCAAUGUGAUUUUCUUUGAGAUGCUUUUAUGACAAUAGCACUGUCACUGUUUAAUGGCAGCAUAACAUGAAUGUCUGUAACGUGAUUUGCACAAAGUGACUAAUACAUUAGUGCACAUUUUCUGGUAUUCACUGUCCUAUGAUUAAUCUUAUUCAAUC